UGAGCCCGUACAGUCGGUACUUGUUAGUUGGCAUUUCAGAGUGAAGCACUGACUCACAGCUGUCAAAAUGGCAAGUCUGCUCACCUUUGUGGCCCUGCUGGGUCUGUUCUCUGGUGGCCUCUGUGGGGAGAAAAACUUUCUUCAGCGCGCUGGUGUGGCCUUUAACAACAGAGAGUACAGAUCUCUGCUCACUGUAAACAAUGGAGAGAGGUUUGGGAACUGGACCUGGCCUGAGAUGUGUCCCGACAAGUUCUUUGCUGUCGGCUUCAGUGUCAGGGUGGAGUCUAAUCAGUACGGGGUGGAUGACACGGCUCUGAACGGGAUCCGCCUCAUUUGCGCCAAGGAAGAGGACAGAAGCUUCCUGUACUCCAUUGAAUCCCACACUGGCUACUUCGGUGACUGGUCCCAGCCCCUGUACUGCCCCAGAGGUGUGCUCACCUCCUUCCAGAUUCGCGUGGAGCCCCAUCAAGGUAUGUUCGGUGACGACACAGCCGUGAACAACAUCAAGUUCCGCUGCAGCAGCAGCCCGACGCUGGAGGGGCCCGGCAUGGACUGGGGAGAGUACGGCCACUGGAGCCAGGAGUGCGUCGACGGAGGGAUCUGUGGCAUCGAGACCAAGAUGGAGGAAUACCAGUAUGCCCUUGAUGACUCCACCCUCAAUGACGUCCGCUUCCACUGCUGUGCCAGACUUCAGCAGUGAUGGCCAGAAGACGUGAGCAGUGUGACCCAGUCUGUCUUCAACUGCCUGAACUCAAAGAUGACCAACAGUAAAAAACAAAUCUGAA